AUGGCUGAUAAUAUUGUUCUUGACGAAUUUAACAAACUCGAAAUUAUUAGAAAAUUUAAUGAUAAUUUACCCAAAUUAAAUGAUAACUUAUCCAAAUUAAAUGAUAACCUAUCCAAAUAUAAUGAGAAUCUUGACAAUUUUAAAAAACAAGAUCUUCAACUUAAUCAAAAUCUUCACUUAAAUUUAAAAGACCAAAUUGUAAGACUUCAAGAACGUGUUCUAAUUUUAGAAGUAAGAGAAGUAAAAGAUCAAAUUGAAAGACUUCAAGAACGUGUUCAAAUUUUAGAAGUAAGAGAAGUAAAAGAUCAAAUUGAAAAAAUUCAACAAAAAGUUCAAAAUUUAGAACAACAAAAUAAAAUGGUACAAAAUAAAGAAAAUUACGAAGAUAUUGUAAAUUUUUUUGAUCAUUUUGAGAAUCAUAACUUCGAUAGUCCAUUAAUUAGUGAUAAUUUUGAAGAUACUGAAAUAUUAUCUGAAAAUUUAUUAAAUGAAAAUCCUUCAGAAUCUGAAUCUUACAUUGAUGUCUUUCCAAAUAUUGAAAGUAUUGAAGAUACUGAAGAUACCGAAAAUUACUUUGAAAACUUUUCAAGAACUUCAAAUGAAGGUGAUGUAAAAGAAAGUAUUGAAGAUAUUGAAAAUUCCUCUGAAUACUUAAGUUCUUCAAAUAAAGAUUAUGCAAAAUCUGAACUUUACAAUAAUACUAAUAUUCAAGUUGUAGUUGGAUUAGACUUUGGAACAAUUUCUUCUGGAUUCUCUUCUUGUAGUGUUUCUAAUGAAGAAAAUAUGUGUUAUUAUGAUUCAUGGUCAGAAUAUUUUUCAUAUUCUGGAUUAAACCAGAAAAUGAAGAUCAAUACAGCUUUUUGUUAUGAUGAAAGUCUUAAAUGGGUUAGAUUACCAUAUUUCAACAACGGACGAAACAGAGUUGUUGAACUCUUCAAAUCAUACCUAGGCGACUCACCAGAUAAUUUAAAACCAAAACUUCCAUUUAAUUAUGAAAAGAUUAUUUCAGAUUACUUAAGGGAAUUAGGAAUGUAUAUCAAACAAGAAGUUGCAUACCGCUGGGUGGGAACCAAAUUACCUGAAAAUGCACUAUUAGUUGUUACUAUUCCUGAUGAGUAUACAGAAAAAGACAAAGAAAUUAUGAAGAAAUGUUUAUUUGAUGCAAAUCUUAUUCAAAAUGAAAUCUCACAAAAUCUACAAUUUGUUACAGAAUCUGAGGCUGCGGCAAUUUAUUGUAUGAAAAAUGAAUUACAGGAAAGUAAUUUGUUAACUGCAGAAAGUUCAUUCAUGAUUGUUGACUGCGGUGGUUUUACUGUAGAUUUAUCUACUUUCAAUUUGAUUAAAGAUAAUCAGCUUCAAUUGACUGGACGUAUUAGAGAUUUCUGUGGAAGUAAAUUUAUUGAUGAAGAAUUUGUUAAAUUUUUACGUGAAAAACUUGGAACUCGUGCCAUAAAUCUAUUAAUAGAAGCUAAAAAUAAUGAAUUUCGUAAUUUGAUUAAAUCAUGCUGGAAUAUGACGAAAGAAUCUUUUACUGGAGAAAAUAUGAUAGAUAGUAGGCUAAAUAUCUAUUCGUUUGCGCCAUGUCUUUUACAAUAUGUCACUAAAGAAACAAGAGAAAUCAUGGAAAAAAAUAGCUGGUACAUUACCAUUAAAUACAAUGACCUGAAAAAAAUGUUUGAUAAUAUAAUUAAUAGAAUUAUCCGUUUGAUACAUAUACAACUUUCAAACAAUCAAAAAACUUGCUCAGCAAUGUUCUUAGUUGGAGGAUUCAGUAGAAAUAUUUAUUUACAAAAUAGGAUUAAAAAAGAAUUUCAUAAUAUGGUACAAAUUAUUUCAAUUCCUGAUCAACCUAUGUGUGCAAUCGCAGAUGGAGCAGUAAUUUAUGGAUUACGUAAAUUAAAAAAUAAUGAAAAUAAUAUUAGUAAUAGUUUUACAAAAGUACUUAAAUAUACUUAUGUAAUUCAUGUUAUCUCGAAUUGGACAAAAGAUGUCGAACUAAAUAGUAAAAUUUCUUUGGUUAACAAAGACACUGAAAUUACAUUUGGUCAGACUUAUUCUUCUAACUAUAAACCUGAACCAGGUCAAUCUCAUGUAAAAUUUAGUGUUCAUUAUACAGACAAAGACAAAUCUCAAAUUGAUGAAUCAGAGAAACUACUUGGAGUAUUAAAUGUCGACCUUCCAGAUGUGCAUCUUGAUGAUAGAAGCAUUGAUUUUGGAUUAACCUUCAAUUCAAAAGAAAUAACUGUAUUUGCGAGAAAUAAACUUAAUGGACAAAAAUUUGUAACUAAAUUUUACUAUCCAAUAGAUGAUGAUUUUUGA